CAAAUUCGAUCACAUAACAAGUUUAUAAAUGCAGAACACACGUCGAGCAAUGGUUAGUAAAUUUAUUGUAAAUAUUGCUAAAAUUAACUAAAAAGUUAUUGUGUAUGAAUCUGAAAGUAUUAUGAUUAAUAUUAUUUUCAACUCAUAAACAUCCUUACUUUUAUCUCUUUCCAAAUUAAACAACAGUUUACAUUCUACUUUGAUUUAUUUACACCAUCCUCAAAUUAUACAUCAACUUGCACACCUUUUAUUUGCCAAACACAGUCUUACUCAUCACGCGAGUCAAAGAAGGGCAGCCAGGUUAAGGUGUGACCAUAUUUUCUGAUCGAAGUUGUCAGAAUUUUUUUGAUAAUUAAUGAUCCAGGGCCAGAAUUAAUUAAUUAAUAUGUCAAAUUAAGAAGAAUACGCACUUAAGUACUUAACCUGUUAACCAGCCUGGCUACCAAUAACACUAAAAAUAAAAAAAAGUAAAAAGCUAAUUUGUACUUUUCCAACUUGUAUAUAUGGCGCUUCCCUUUCCUCAUCAGUUCUUCACAUACACCAGCGCCGGCGACCCAACAAAAAAAGAAAGAAGUUCCCCGUACGCCGGUUAACCAAUUAACAUGGCGACUUCAACAUUUCUCUUCCUCUCCCUACUUCUUUGCUCCGCCGUCGCCGUCGACCAUUGCUCUCCUUCCACCGACGACCCCACCCGAAUCUCCGUCAUCCCCAUUUACAGCAAAUGCUCACCAAUAUCCCCACCGCCGCCUCCAUCUUCCUCCCACUUCGACACCGUCAACCGCCUCGCCGCCAACGACCACGCCCGCCUCGCCUCGCUCGCCGAAGGCGACGUCCCCAUCGCCGCCGGCCAGAAACUCUUCAACGUCGGCAACUACGUGGUCCGGGUCAGUCUCGGGAACCCGAACCAGACGUUCGCCAUGGUCCUCGACAUCAGCAACGACGUCACCUUCGUCCCCUGCUCGCGUUGCUCCGGCGACUGCUCCGCCGCCAACCCAAACGCGGCCUUCUUCUCCCCCAACGCCUCCGGCUCUUACUGGUCCGUCGACUGCCCCAGCGACCUCUGCUCCCUCGUCCCCAACGGCGGUGGGCACACGUGCGCUGCCGGCAAGUGUCGGUACAAGCAGUCGUACGGCGGGGACUCCAGAUUCGCCGCUAAUCUAGGCACCGACUGGCUCGCCAUCGGCGGCCGCUACAUCCCGGGUUUCGCCUUCGGGUGCGUGGCCUCCGUUUCGGGCGGGUCGGUUCCGGCCCAGGGGUUAUUGGGCUUCGGCCGUGGGCCUCUCUCGUUUUUGGGCCAGACCGAGCCGGCCUAUUCCGGUGUUUUCUCGUACUGCCUGCCGAGCUUCAGAUCCUCCAGCUUUUCCGGCUCGCUCAGGCUGGGCCCAAAGGACCAGCCCGGGUUCACCUCGACCACGACACUUCUCCGGAAUCCACGCCGCCCUUCUUUGUACUACGUCAACCUGACCGGGGUCAGCGUGGGUCCGGUCAAGGUCCCGAUCCGGUCGGAUUCGCUGGCGUUCGACCCGAGGAACGGGGCCGGCACGAUCAUCGACUCGGGCACGAUGAUAACCCGGUUCGUGGGGCCGGUCUACGCGGCGAUACGCAAGGCGUUUCGAAAGCAGGUGAAGGGGCCGUUCUCGAGCCUGGGAGCGUUCGACACGUGUUUCCCGGCGAAUGGGCAGGAGGCGGAGGCGCCGUCAUUCACGUUCCAUUUCGAGGAGCUCGACUUGGUGCUGGCGGUGGAAAACACGCUGAUCCGGAGCAGCGGCAGGCCGCUGGCCUGCCUUUCGGUGGCGGCGGCGCCGAACAAUGUGAACUCGGUGCUCAAUGUCAUAGCCAAUCUGCAGCAGGAGAACCUCCGGAUCUUGUUCGAUGUUAAAAACUCUGUGGUUGGAUUUGCCGGCGAAGUCUGUAACUAGGUGGUAGUAGGAUAAGAAAGAACUACUCCUUUUUUUUCCCCUUCCCCCUCGGGCCUCGUGCACCUUCCUUGUUUGGUUAGUGCGGAAUAAAAGUUUGUAACUUUU